AAACAACCUAACCAAACAUAAUAAAAAUUUGUAACGUUUACAAAAAUAAAGUGUUUGAACUUUGAUCGUUUAACUGAUACAUGUAAACUAUAAUUAAUUUUCACGUAUAAUCUCCAGAUACAUUAAUUUUCAUAUUUAUAUUUGCUAUAUCUUUAGUUCUCGCCUUAAUGCUUUAUUACUCCACCAAUUUUUGGUAAAAAUAGAAGUAACAUGCAAUCUGUACUUUCUAAAUCUUCCAACCUGUUGCGACCUGUUAUUGGGAGUGACACUUUGAAAAACUUCGCAGAAAUGUCUUCAACAGCAUUCAAAACAUUAUCGGUAGGCGUUCCGAAGGAGUACGUUUAUCACAUUAAAUUAAACAGGCCGGAGAAAAGAAACGCCUUUAACCAUGCGAUGUGGCUAGAAAUCAAGCAGUGCUUUGAACAAAUCAGCGAAGACGAGAAUUGCAGAGCCGUCGUCGUUUCUGGCGAAGGAAAAAUGUUUACCGCAGGCAUAGACUUGUCUGAUUUCGUCACAACGGCCCAACAGGUCGGGGAAAAAGACGAUGUGGCAAGGAAAGCCAAAAUAUUCCACAAGUUAAUCGAAACCUAUCAAGCAUCGAUGACUUCCUUGGAAUUAUGCAAAAAACCCAUAUUAGCGGCAGUUCACAAUGCUUGCAUCGGUGCUGGAGUGGACCUGAUAACGGCGGCUGAUAUUAGAUAUUGCUCUAAAGACGCCUGGUUUCAAGUCAAAGAAGUGGAAGUGGGAUUAGCGGCUGAUGUCGGUUCGUUACAAAGGCUCCCAAAAGUUAUUGGUUCAGAUAGUUUAGCGAGAGAAUUGUGUUAUACUGCAAGGAAAAUGCACGCCGAUGAAGCGCUGACUUGUGGUCUGGUUUCCAGAGUAUUUGGGACUCAUAAUGAGUUAUUAGAAGAAACUUUAAAAAUAGCUGAAGUUAUUGCAAAAAAAAGUCCUGUAGCUGUCCAAACUACUAAAGCUAAUUUGCUAUAUUCCCGUGACCAUACUGUUCAAGAGGGAUUAGAUCAUAUUAAAUUGUGGAAUCAACUGAACCUUCAGAGCGAGGACUUGGUUCAAGCUGCUACAGGAGUUAUGACGAAAGAUGAAGACGUUAAAUUUUCGAAAUUAUAAGUUAAAAAUUGAAAAUUCAUCUGAUUAUUUUUAAAAGUAUAUAAAUGAGUUAUGUCUCAAUACUUGGUUAGAUAUUCGCGCCUUGAAGCCGCGCACAGGUCCAAAAAAAUUGCUAUUUCAGAGUUUUUAGUACUCGAUUAGCAUUUAUUAAUAAUUUUAAAAAAUAUUUUAACCUUCCAGAAAAAUAAAUAUUCUAUAAUAUA